AUGGGAAUAAAGGACCAAAGCCCUAUCUUUUCCGCUAUUCUCCUUUCCUCUCGAAAUCUGUCGCCUCUAUUUCUCCUUCCCCUUCGUUCUCUUCAUUUUUUCCGGCGAGACAGCCACCGGCAAGGCCUGCUGGCCUCCACACAUCUCCCUUCCUCUUCUUCUUCUUCUUCUCUUCCUCUUCCGGCGAGGCAAAACAACGAUACUCUGAGCAGCGAACUCAAGCAGAAGCUCGCGAGAACAACCACUCAACGCAGACAACGACUCUGGCAAAGGCGAGCAGGACAACCGGCAGCAGCAUCUCGACGAGACAGCAGCAGCAGCACACCAGAAGCAGCAGCUCAGCGAGAAAAAACAACAAAGAAGCAACUCGGGCGAGCCCUGCUUCUUUCUUAUUUCUGGCCAGCAGGUUCAGCAAAUGAACGACGUAGAUUCUACUCAGACCUCAAUAUUUCGGUUGCUUUUAAGAUGAAUCUCAACAGAUCCGUCUGGGUUGAACUCGAAGUUCAAGUUGAAGAGUUGCCAUGAAACGAAUUUAUUUA